CAAGGGUGCAGAGAGCAGGCUUGGAAGGUGGGAAUAGCUUCAAGAUUGCUAAUAAUCUUUCAUCGCCUCAAGAGAUACUUAAGGAAGCAGAAUCUCGGGAUUCCCAUGGCCCUCGGCAGGGAUUAUAUAGAGGGGUUUGUGGCUCGUGCGAGGUACAUUUCCUGGGGCUUUUCUGACCCAUUAGCGAGCGAGCACACUGCCGAGCACGGCGGCAACUUGAGUCGAGACGGCAGGGUACGAGAAAGAGGGACUUUGAGGACCGGCUAUUGCAAAUCGGGUACUAGGUGACGACCCUAUCGACCAGGUAAUCAUCCUGCUGGCAAUUUGUUUUUUUGCGAUUUUAAUUAGAUUUUUAAGCGCUUUGUAAAACAACGCAUUUUAGCUAUAAUCGCCUGCCGAAAAGGGGGUGCUUUAACUUGUGGGUUUUCACGAGGG